GCCGACCGGGCGGGCCGCGCGGACGGCGGAGCGCGGCGCCGCACCACUGCACCAUACUGCACUCUGCACCAGUGAGCACCAGCGCGCACCGCCGGCACCAUGGUGAAGAGCAUGAAGGAAUUCGCUUCCCGCUUCCGGCGCGGCAAAACGGCCGGGAAGCAGAAGACGGAGGUCAACUCUGCCCGCUCUGUGAAGAGUGAGAAGUUAAAGGCAAUCGAGAAGACCAAAUCGAAGGGCUCGGUGGGUCGUUCACUGAAGCGACAGAAGCGUGAGCAGCUGCGGCAGCUGCUGGACAGCUUUCCUCGCGAGCUGGCGGCAGGCGAGGAGGCUGUGGUGACUGAUGUGGCUCGCAUGGUGCAACGAGAGAUCGAACGUGAACUGGAUCAGCUCUCCGCUGACGAGCGGGCGGCGGGCGAUGAUGGGGACAGACGCGCCGGCGCCGGUGGUGGUGGCAGUGACAGUGAGUUCUACUCGAGUCGGCUGGAGGUACGGCGACAGGUGUCAGUGGCAACUCGGCCCGAGCCGAGAACCGCAGGCAGCGAGUACGACUCGUGGGCUGAACAGGAGGACAACUUCAACAAGAUCUACGAGCCCAUUGACUUCCGGGUGAGGUUGGACUCUUGGCGAGACAUGAGUCGGGAAGAGAUGCUGGACAACGUUCGUAGUCAGCGUUUGCGGCGCGAGCUGCGCCAUCUCAGCCGGUCCGAAAUCCUGGCGCGUAUCGCCACUCUGCACCGCAAUCCGACGCAGUUGCGGCGACGGCGGCGCUCGGGCGACGAACGUCACGGUCAGGAGAGACGGCAGGUGCACGUCGAGGCCGACGUUCGCGUCGUGCGCCGUGGCCGUGACCUGGAGCGACGUGCCCCCGAGGGACACUCGGACACCGACUUUGACGAGAGCGAGUAUGUGUCACGGUCCGACGUCCUACGCAACCUGAAGGGCGGUCGGCGGGAGGCGGAUGGCGGUCACAGUGCAGGGAAAGCUCGGAACGGUUUUUCUGGUGGCGACGGUGGUAGUGGUGGCAGCAGAAAGUUUGUGUCCAGGCUCGAAAUGACACUCACGCCAGUGGCGGGUGCCCCGCCGCGCAGGCCUCGCUUCGAUGCCGCUUCUGCCUCUGACUGGGACUCAUGUUCAUGCACUUCGUGCGGCUGUGACACGUGUUCUGUGUCGAGCGCCGCCACGAUCGUGCGCCGCGGACACCACCGCGAGUACGUGGUCAACGACGCGGCCUCAGAGCGCAGCGAAUGCGACUCGUGGUCGGCGGCCGAGUCUUCUAAGAAAACCUCUGAUCAUGUCAUCAUGGAGCAGGAACAUCGUCUGAAGGCGCUGUCCAGACUGGAUGACGAGAAGAAGCGGAAGCUGGGUGCUGAAAUCGUGGAAAUGGUACAACCGGUGAGUGUGGCUACGCUUCGGAAACAACGUCAGGUUCGCGAGCUGAGAAAGCAACUGAGUGGCUACACUGGCGACUGGGAGACUCUGGAGGACAUCAAGGCCGGCAGGAAGGAGCAGCUGGUGCGCGACCUGCGCCAGAAGCUGGCCGAGACGAUGAAGCAGCCUGACAGCGACGACAGGGUAGAAAAGAUUAAGUCAGCGCUGCGCAGCGUGAUCGAGGCAGAUGACGUGGCAGCGCUGCCCAACGUCAACCUUGGCCUCAUCUACGUGCCAAUGGAGGAGAACAUGAAGGCCAACUCGGGCUCCAACAAGACCUCCAGCAGCAGGGAACAAAACACUGACGCUGACACGUUUGGGAGCUUGGAUUCGCUCAUUUUCGAGCCCAAGCCUCCGAGCACGGAGGCCAUCCUUGAAGAAGAAGAGACUGAAAAGCGUUCCGAACCCUCGGUCCAUGAAGACAAGGAGGGAUCGUCUUGUAAUUGCUCCCCAUCAACUUCGGAUGGCGAGGGCGGUGACGAAGAUGAUGGAGAGUCCGUAGAUGAAAACGCUCAGCUAUCGGAUGACCAGUCUUCAGAGGACGAGAGCGACGGAUCGGUUGAGGUCAAAGCCGGCAGACGUUCUGUUCAGCUCAUGCCUGAGCGUGUUAUCAAAACAACUCAGCUGCAAGUGCCCAAAAAGGACGGUUUCUUCAAGCGUCUGUUUCGCUUCAACCGAAAACCGAAAAAGCCCGACGAUGAUUUCGAGGUUCCGCAGGCAAUUCGUGACUUCGACCACAUUCUAAACGUGGCGAUCGAUUCUGAUCCCGACAGCACCCUCAGUUUUGAGAGUGUCAUCUUCAAGGGGCCGAGUGUGGAGAACAUGACGGCGAAUGAGACGAGUCGACCUGCUCCAGAGGCACCUCCGUCUCCGAAGUCAGCCACACCAAAACUGUCUGCUGAAGACACAGUAGAACGAGUCGUUUCUGCCAACAUGAAAAUGAUCAGCCCUGUCGCCAACGGCGUCAGUCCCGACUCCGCCGUCCUCACCGAUUCCAAUGACGGCGAUCAGAACACGGCCAACCAUGAGGAACUGCCCGUCACCGAGGAUUCCAGCAGAGGUGCGAACCUGUUACCGCCCUGUAGCAUCUCCAAGGGCACCAUGCCGACGUAUGUUGGGAACCUACGACGUCAGGCGUCACUGGCUGGGUCGCUGCGCUCAAGUCACUACAGCCGCGAUACGAUGACCCGACCGCCCAGUGCCGGUCCAAGCAUCUACAUGGAGCGUGUCCAACAUCCUCAGACCGAGGAUGUUACACGCGUCGCCCAGCUUGGUGACAUGGACAGCCGUUGCAGUACCAGAAGGCGCCACGAAAAGGUGACGCAGCCAGGCACCGACACUGUUAGCCAUCACUACGCUCAGCUCAGUGACCCUGCAAUCAACGGCGACGAGCAGAGGAAGAUGCCUGCUUCAAGAACUCCGUCGCGUCAUGAGAUUCAGCGUGGCCAUGGCCAGGACGAUGAUCAAACCACAUCAAGCGAUCAGCAAACCGACCAAGAACGGGAAACCACGUCUCCGGCAGCGUACGAGCGUGUCCACUACGACUCAAUCGACAGAACAGCCCCGGCGGCGGAACAAGCUCCCGUCUCGCACAGUACGUACGAACGGGUAUCGCUUCCUCAGGGCGAGCCCUCUAGUGACUCACCUGUGGCCUCACCCACGUCACCUGCGGCGCCAGCGACUGCCGAGCUGCUGGUGUACGACUCUCGCCACGGAGAGCCCCUGUACGGCACCCGAAAUCGCGGUUUGGUGCAGACGGCCGCCUGGUGCGGUGCGUACGUGCGCACGAGCGACGAGGAGGGCUCAGACGGGCGACCACUCGUGUUCCGAGACGGCCGUCCGGUGCCGCUGACUGAGGAGAUGUUCCGCCAGACCUCCGACGAAGCAAGUGACGCGGAACGCGCCAGCGCCGGUGCGCCGCAAGUGGAACAGGGUGCUGGCGCCGAAGCUGGUGUGAGUGCGCAGGACGAGAACGCUUACGAGGACAUAUCGCUGGGCGAUGAACAUGAGGUGGAGGAUGAGAGCGCUCCGGAAGACGCAGCAACUGAAGACCAUCAGGGGGAGGUCGGAGGUGAGGGUGCUGAGGCAGUUGAACAAAACGUAACGGAGCCGACACCUGCUGAAGAAGGUGUCGGAAGCAGUCCUGCAAUGCAACAAAAGCUGGACCGGCUGGCCAAGGUGGGCGCCGUGCCCAUUGGCUUCAAGAAGCGAGACUCCAUGCUGCGUGAGCUCAAGUCAAAGCUGAAGGAGCGGUUCAACACCUCGGACACUGAGCCGGAGCCCGCAGAAGGAAUGCGCGACCAUCUCGUUCGGGAACUCUCCAACGGUGGCUCGGUGGCGCUCAAACGUGAACAGAUGGAGAGCCAGUUCUCCCGUAUGUUCCAGGCGGCGCGCGCAGGGCUCAUCCACGUGCCUCCGCCCCCGCCUCCGCCGCCUCCCCCGCCGGCGGUGGCGAUACCGCCCGCCCUGGCCGUGGUGGAAGAGACAUCGGCAGACGAGGGCGACAUCCCGGUCGAGGUGCCUACACCAGACUAUGACACGGACUCGUACUGCGAGUGUGAGUUUGAGGAGUCAGAGUCAGAGCGUGGCGGUGCUCCCAGCGAACACCUGGAGCGCGCUGUGGCCGCUGCCACGUCACCUCCUCCAGUGGGUGUGCGAAGUCCGGAGACCGUUCUGUCGGCAGAGCAGAGCGGUGACAGACACUCCCACCGCAGUUUCCAUCUGCACCCGCCGCUGGACUCUCUGGAUCCGCCGCCACAGGGCGCCCCGCUGUUCCGCGCUGCAGCCGCUGCCGCUGCCGCCGCUACAGCGGGCACCACCUCAGCCUACUCGCUCUCUAAGACGAGCACCACCUUCUACUCAGAGCGUGCCGGUCAGACCAGCGAGCUGGAGGCGCCGGGCUCUUGGCGAGUGGAACCCCGCUCUUCAGUCGCCUCGACAGCUCGCCUGCCGAGGUACUCGGGCCCGCGACCGUUCCGUGCCACCUCGCCACGGACCCGGAUCACAUCUCCCGUGGGUGUCACGAACAACGCUGGUGGACCUCGGGUCAACUGCUGGUCAGACCUCGAGAGUAUCAUCUUCGCGGAGGGCAGUUCGGGCGAGUCGGCUGCGGCGCCGCCGCGGCCGCCUCUACCCACCUCCCGCAUGGACACUUACCAGGACGAGUGGAUGUACUGGGACCAGAAGGUGAAGCUGCGCUCCUCGGCCAACCCGGAGGACCGUGAGCGGUGGCGUGACGAGAAGACGCGCCGGAUGCUGCUCUGGCUGCAUCACAGCGACUCCACGGCGGCCGGCUCGGCAGUCUGGUGGCAGGUGGGUGCUGCGUGCUGCGGCGGCCGCCCGCGCCGCGGUCACGGUCACGACUGACUUCUGUGUCUCUUGUCUGUCACUGACUGAUGGUCGCACUUCUGUGACUGUCUGUCACCUUCCGCUGGGGUGCCGCCGAUUCGCCGAGCGCUCCCAGACAGUCUUUCUUGCACGUUUUGUGUUUGUGAGCCAGCCAGUGGGCCUUGUUUGAUCAGCGUUAGGGAUUUGUCCGGCUGCAUUUCGGUGAGAAAUGCAGCAUGAUACAAAACCAACGUUGGUCUUUAUUUGUUGCCAUACAUUUUUUUAUCUAGUUUGAUGCGUAGAUUCGCUCAACUAGCUACGUGAUGCGAUUUUAUGGAUAAGCAUUAUUGUCUUCUGUGUUGCCUAAUAUGUUGUGUAUAGCUUGGUGCAUGUUGAUUGAUAAUACAU